AUGAAGGGUGCAUUCUCAAUCUGCUGUUUCGUCUCCCUGCUGCUUUUGCAGGCCACAGCAGAAGAAGAUUUAACCUCUGUCCUCAGAGACAGAUCGCACAUUGACGAGACGCUGAGACUUGCAGCUGAGGAAAAAUCCGGAGACUAUGCAGCUGCUUUGGAGAGGUUGCGGAAGAUCUACCACACAUCCAUCAAGCCGAUGGAACAGGCCUACAAGUACAAUGAGUUGAGGCAGCAUGAGAUCUCAGCCUACCCUGGACGAUCCUUUGGGGAUGCAGCCACAGAUGGAGAAAUUACUUCCAAGCCCAUGGUGCUGUUCCUUGGACCCUGGAGUGUAGGCAAGUCCUCCAUGAUCAAUUACCUCCUGGGUUUGAGCGACAGCCCCUAUCAGCUCUACACAGGAGCUGAGCCUACUACCUCUGAGUUCACUGUAAUUAUGCAUGGGGAGAAGAUCCGCUCUGUUGAGGGCAUUGUUAUGGCUGCAGACAGCUCUCGCUCCUUUUCUCCACUGGAGAAGUUUGGCCAAAACUUCCUGGAAAAGCUGAUUGGUAUUGAAAUGCCUCACAAGUUGCUGGAACGUGUGACCUUUGUAGACACACCUGGAAUCAUUGAGAACCGCAAGCAGCAGGAGAGAGGCUACCCUUUCAAUGAUGUUUGCCAGUGGUUCAUUGACCGUGCUGACCUGAUCUUCGUGACCUUUGACCCCACAAAGCUGGAUGUUGGCCUGGAGCUGGAGAUGCUCUUCCGGCAGUUGAAGGGUCGUGAGUCCCAGAUCCGCAUCAUUUUGAACAAGGCUGACAACUUGGCCACCCAGGAUUUGAUGAGAGUCUAUGGAGCACUCUUCUGGAGCUUAGCUCCCCUCAUCAAUGUGACUGAACCCCCCCGCGUCUACGUCAGCUCUUUCUGGCCAUAUGACUACGCACCCGAAACCAGCCGUGAGCUCUUCAAGCGAGAGGAGAUCUCCCUGCUCGAAGAUCUCAACCAAGUGAUUGAAAACCGUAUGGAGAACAAGAUUGCCUUCAUCCGCCAGCAUGGCAUCCGCGUGCGCAUCCAUGCCCUGUUGGUGGACCGCUAUGUCCAGACCUUUAAAGAGAAGAUGAGCUUCUUCAGUGAUCCUGAACUUGUCUUCAAGGAGAUUGUGGAUGACCCUGACAAGUUCUACAUUUUCAAAUCCAUCCUAGCCAAGACCAAUGUCAGCAAGUUUGACCUGCCCAACCGUGACGCUUACCGUGACUUCUUUGGCAUCAACCCCAUCACCAACUUCAAGGCCCUGACGGCUCAGUGCUCCUACAUGGGAGGCUGUCUGCUGGAUAGGAUCGAGAAGGCAAUCACCCAUGAGCUGCCCGCCCUUCUGAGUAGCAUUAACUCUGGCAAGCAGCCUGGCCUGUCUUCCUGCGAGGCUACUGGCUGUGGUGAGAAGCCAAAGAAUCGCUACCGAAAGAACUGAGUAACACCAAAUAAUGAGUGGGGGAAGUAAGGAGAUAGAGGAGGUGAAGAAAGGGGCUCUGAUGGAAGCCAAACAUGCUUUUGUCAGAACGCCUGUAUAGUAUUGAGGAAAGGAGAUUAGUGUUUGUUUUUUUCCUCAGGAGAAUAUGGCAAGGUGCAUUUAGGGAAAUGUGGGGAUGAGGCAGAGAGUGGGAGGCAAGGGUCAUUGUUUGAAAAGGCAGCUUAAGGAUACAAGUGCUGAAGAAAUGAGAACAUGCCGCUGAUCACUGAGCUUUGUUAAAAUACACACCCUCCUCUCUCCCUUGUACAAUCACAGUGGACUGUCUGGGAUUUUGGGGAUUGGGGAAGUAAUAAUGUAAAGAAAAACAGAAAUGGAAAAAAAGUUCGAGCAAAUAAAAAUUGAAAAUUCUGAGACUGAAAACAGUCAAAUACCAGCUCCCUUGUAUGUGAAUAAAACAGGAAUAUGGAAACAGGUGUUGCAAAUUUGUGCUGUAAAAUCUUGAGAAUUGCAUUGCAGAAGGUCAAUUCCAUAUGCUUCAGAAGUUGUUUUUGAAGUAGCCUAUUUGUG